AUGGCAGUCAUUGUUGACGAUCUUGUUCUUGAGAUCAUAUCAUACUUGCCUCUGAAAUUUGCAGUUCAAUGCAAGGUUUUAAACAAGAAUUUCAAUGCUCUCAUCUCCGAUCAUCACUUUGCUGCGAAACACACAAUCCAAUCACCUUCUCGAAACUUCACUACUCUCUUUCAUUGCUCUUAUAUAUGUCCUAAAAUCUUCUAUAACAUCCUUCUCAACCCCCCUCCUCAUCAUGCUGUGAAUAUUCCAGGGCGUUCUGUAACCUUACCUCUCAUAGUCCCAAUCUUGGCUUCAUCCAAUGGCCUCCUUCUUCUCCGGUUUUCCAAUGCCGAUGUUUACUGCGUCUGCAAUCCAAUUACAAUGGCGUACCAAUUGAUAUCGUACCCAUCAGAUUCAUCUUUUGGCGGACAUGUUGGAUUGUCAGUUGAACCAAACACAUUCAUCUUGCCUCAAUACAAGUUGGUUGCCAUUGCGAGCCGCCAAGCAUUGUUUGAGCAACUGAUUCAAUAUGAAUUUCACAUAUUCGCAUCAGAUGCAAGUUCAUGGAGAAAAUCCAAAACGAUUGCUUAUGAAGACAGUGAGUUUAAGAGUUGGCAAGCUUCGAUUUCAUAUGAAGAUAGUGAGUUUAUGAGUUGUCAAGCUAUUUACUUAAAUCAGUGUUUGCACUGGCUUAGAGAAUGUGGCGACAUUGUUGCAUUCCACACAGAGAAGGAACUGUGUCACGUCAUUAAGAAGCCUCCACAGUUUGAACUUGGAGAGAUUGUAUGGUUUGGAGUUGCUGAAUGUAUGAUUACUAUAGUCUCUUCUUUAAAGGAAGAAAUAGUAAUUCGCAAUUACAAAAAUAAGAGUUGGAUGAUCAGAGCCAGAAUCACUAACAUAGCUAGCCCAGAGGAUGAUUACAGGAAUGGGGUUCCAAUCCUAUUCAAUGGUGAUCGGCUUCUUUUGCAACUACGAGCCAAGGGGAUUGAUGGGGAGAUUCAUAUGUAUGAUCUCAAUACCAGCUUGUGGAGGAAGAUUGGAAUGGUGCCGGGUCUUAUGGAUUCAGUUCAAGUUUUUGUCCAUUUUGUUCCUACUUUAGCAAAGGUCUCAACUAUCAACCAUGUUCCCUGCGAAGGAACGACAAUGUCAAGUUCACUGCAUGAAAUUGCACAAAGCAUCUGCAUGUUGAGCAAGCUUCUCACUUAA